CCUUCUCUCCCGCCUCUUGGAGCUCCUGAAAGAGUGCGGUGUGUUGCUUUCAGCUUGUUUGAGACUGCUGUAACCUUCUACUCAGUGCAUCUACUACGGGCGCUUUCCGCUCAGAAGCCCCGGUUUUGUGAAUGGGCUUCAGUCCGCUCUGACUUCAACCGUGCCCGGGUAGCGCAAGGAACGAAUUCAGAUAUGCAAACAGUUCAAGCCUGACUGACAGACAGAGAGGGACAGAGCGCUGGACAUUUGGGUCAAGAAAGCUUUUUGAUAUUUAAUCUCUGGACAAUACCUGUUCCCUCCCACCCUGGGUGCCUCACCCCCCACCCCUCCCCCCUCACAUCUCUGAUGGACCAGAGAGCGAAGGGGGGUCCAUAUCUACCUCCACCAUCCUCACCGCCUCUCCUCCCCACAGCCCCACCACAGCAGUACCCAGAGAAAGAGGUAGGCGGUGGGACGAGGAAGAGGAUAGAGAAGGAAGCAGGUGGUGCAGUACUGGAGGUGCUCAUUGAGGGGCGCUGUGGUGCUGCAGGGCAGAGACAGCUCCCAUUCCCAGGCAGAGAGAGGAGCUGCACUGAGGGUAAUGUGAGGCUGAGGAUCGGAGUCCAAACGGCCAAACGCACCAAGAAACCCCCCAGGACCCUGGAGGGCUACGAGUGUAAACCCACCAUCAGGACGUACCAGAGGCCUGGGAGGGGGGCAGCAGGGAGGGGGAGUCAGGAGGGAGGGGGGAGUGGGCAGGGGAACAGCCCUCUGGAGGAGGGGGACGGAGAGCAGAACCAGGGGUCAGACCCCAGCACCACCCAGACCAGGAAGAUACACUCCUCCUCGCCUCCGUCUUCAUCAUCAUCAUCAUCAACAGCCCCUACAACCACCCCUCCCAGCCCAGCCAACCCUCAGACUGCGCCAGCCAAACAGGUCCCUGUGAACCUGGGCUAUAAGAAGUCAGACACCCUACCGGAGAAACCAAGGCACCCUGACCCACCUGAUGCCCACAGCAAACUACCCUCACCUGCCCAAAUGGACCAGGCAACCCCCUCUGACCCCACAGCUUCAUCUCCCCAUUCCCCCUUGGUAAAGGACCCUAGCGGUGAGGCAGGUGUUAAGGGGGAGGGAGGUAUGCUGAAUGGAGGAGUACCUACAGUCACCUGCCAUCCUACCAGACUCACAAAGGUCAAAGGUCGCAAACAGAACUGUUCUUCCUCAGCCGCCCCCUCUAACGUGAACUCAACAACAAGACCUCCAGCCUCCAGCCCCCAUCAGGCUGACAUUGCAGCCCAGGACAGGACUACAGACUUCAGCUGCCCUCCUACACCGCCCCCAUCCACACCCCUACUUCCAGACCAGAGAGGAGCCCCAGUGGCUGAUGGAAGACUGAGUCCUGCUGCCUCCCUCACCAGCCUGAGCAGGGGACCAUUACUACCGUCCUCUGUGGGAAAUGAGAGAGGGAAGGAAGAGAAAGCCAAGAAGAAGAAAGAGAAAGAUGACAAAGCGAGGGGUGAGAAAGGGAAGGGCAAGAGAGGGGAGAAGGGGAGAGGGAAGGAGGACAGAGGGAGGAAUGAGAGUCCAAAGAUGGACAGAGAUGAGAGAGGGAAGGAGGGAACUGGGAUGGAUGAGAGCAGGAGGGAUAUGACGGGGAAGGAGGAGAGAAAUGGGGACGAGGACAAGGAAAGAGAGAAGCCCAGAGACUUGAGGAUGAAUAAAUCGCCCUCUUCUACAAAGUGUCAGAUGUUGUCUGAGGUUCAGAGCAGGAAGACAGGUACACCCAGCCCAGACCUGACCAGAGGAACAGGGGAAUCAGAUGAUACUCGUGCCCCCUCAAGACCCACCGUCUCUCCCUCCAACCCAUCCACUGCCUCCUCUCCCCUCACCUCCCUCCCUCCUCCCUCUCUCUCUCUCCACUCUUCCUCUCCUCCUACUUCCCCCCGAGAGCAGGACAGCCGUCCACUGAAGAAACGUAAGACCCGACGGCCAAGCUGGACCAGGCUGGUGAACCGGGCACAGAGACUGGCAGAGAACCCAGAUGGCCCCCAAGAUGCCCCCUUAGUUGCCCCACAGACCCCCACUAGCCCCCAGACAUCCCCUACUUCCCCCCAGACAUCCCCCACUACCCCCCAGACACCCGCAACUACCAACUCACCCAACCUUUGGUCAGCUGAGUCAUGCCUAGCCCCCUCCGUUCCCCCACCCUCCAGUCCGUCCUCCCUCUCCCCCUCUACCUCAACCCCUGUGAGACCCAGACCAGCAGGGCGACCCCCAUCCCCCACCCAGUCUCACCUGUUGACCUCUGACCCUAGCCCUUCACCUGGACCUGGCCGUCCCGUCUCUCAGGCCAGAAAAAGGGGUCGCCCCAAAUCCCAAACCUCGAGCUUAGACGAACCCCAACCCAGACACUCCCCCAAACCUACCCGAGCUGAGGUGCUCCCUCAUGGGCAUGAUGAGACUCCGGACCCCCAUGUGCUCAACCCAGUGCUGGAUCACAGUCCCACCCUCACCAAUCCCUCUAGCCCCAACCCCACGCCCAGGAAACGAGGUCGCCCCAAACGGCUGCCCCCCUCCCCCCUCCUCCCCAAACAGACUCUACAGGACCACAACAGGGGUACACUGACCCCCUCUGGAGGUGAGGAGGGGGGUAAAGACUUCCCCUCUGAAAAGGGGAACAGGAAGCUGAGGAUGAGGAGCAUCAUCGGAGAGAUGAAGAGGAGGAAGAGGAGGAGGCUACUCAGGGAAAUGCUUUCUGGGUGUGGAGGGGGGAAGGAGGGGAGAGGAAGAGAGGGAGGUAGAGAGAACUCUCGUGGGGGUGCAGGAGGGGUGUGUGGGUUGGCCACAGCACCCUCCCUGUCCUCCUCCUUUGGGGGUAACCUAGGUCCCCAGAUCAACGUGAGUAAGAGGGGGACCAUCUACAUGGGAAAGAGGAGAGGACGCAAACCCAAAGCUCCAGCUAACUCUAACCCUGCCUCUCAGUCCACACUGUUCACCAGUCUCUCUGGUCCCUCUCUCUUCUCCUCUCCCCAGCCCCAUCCUCCCCUCUCUCACCCAUUCCCCUCCCCAUCUCUCACCCACUCCAGUGGAGCCCAGAGCCCUUACAGUGAUGGAGGCUGCACAGAACCAGCUCCCUCCCUCUUCCUCCCCCACACCUUCUCCCUCCCCUCACCCUCCUCCUCCUGCGCAUCACCACGUCCUCUCUCCUCCUCCUUCUCCUCCUCCUCAUCCCUCUCUCCCUCCCUAAAGAGGAGUUCUCCAGGUCAGGGACGACAUCCCCUCUUCCACCAUCCCUCCAGCAGACUCUCUUCUCCUCCUCUUCCUCACCCUCCUCACCCUCCUCACCCCCAUCUGCCUGACUUCCCCGCACACCUGAAAGAGGCCACACCCUCACCUAUCAGUAAAUCACACAGCAAGGAGAUGUUGCCUAGUGACAGUGUGAUUGGAAUGGACCACAACACUAUCUCAGAGCGGGGGGAGAGGAGGGGCCGAGGGAGAGGGGGGGUAACCAUGGGGAUGACCUCAGAUGUCACCAGGUCAGUGUUCCGGACAGGUUUAGGGGUCAACCUGAAGGGUCAGAGACAACCCUCGCCCUCCAUGUUACUAGAACACCCCCCUGUACCCUCACCCAUCAGAGUGUCAGCCUCACCCCCUCCCCCCUCUGCCUCCCCCAGACACACGCCUCCUUCUGACUUAGUGGAACCCAGAGACAGACACAGGCACAGGCGGAGGGGGUACGAAUGUCCCUAUACCUGCCCCCCCUGCCCCUGCCUAGGGCACAACCAGCGCUCCCACCUGGACCUCUGCCCCUGCCUCGGGCACCACACACACAAGAGACAGAAACACAAACGCAAGAGGAAGUACCAGCACCUGCUCAUGCACGCGCACGACCCAGACUUCCUCUCUGAACUGGACGAUCUCAUUGGGCAGUUCAGCGAGGUCCGCAUCGGUCGCCAUCGUGAUUGGGCGAGAGCUGGACUGGGGCAGGAUCUCGAUGAGAGUGGGGGGAAAAGACGCCACUCUUCCUUAUUGUCAUCGCAAAAUUUCCUCUCAAACGUUUACAGAAUCAACUUGAGUGGAUACUACUCGCCUCACCCCCUGUCUUACCCCCCUCACCCCUCCUUCUCCCCGCUCCACCCCCACCCCUGCCACGGCCUGCCUUAUGGCAGCAGAAAGCCAGAGCAGAGGUUGAGGUGUGGCUGUCCCACCAAGCCCUGUGAGUCCCUAGACCAGGGUGACUGUGGCCAGGGGCGGAGGUGUGCCUUACAGGGUAUCGCAGGGCACCUCCACCCCUCCUCUCUCAGUACCCCCCUGUCCUCCUCCACCACCUCUUCCACCACCCCCAUGCCUCUGGGUUUUGGCUACUACAGAGGCUAUCCUCUGACCAUGGCCCAUUACCCAAACCCCCACCCCUCCUUUCCCCUGCCUCCCCCUCACCCCUACGCCCCCCACCACCCCCACCUCCACCCCCCUCACCUCCUCCUCAACCCAGCCAGGUUCCACAGGAGGAGGAGCAGGCAGCUGAGGGAGGCUGGGUUGGGUGGAGGUGGAGGUGAGGACGUGGGGGUUAGGGGUGAAGGAAAGAGGGCCGGGGUCCGUUCCUGUCCAGCAGGGUCCAUCCCUGGUAGGUCCUGUGUCUGUGGGGGGAGUGAACACAAGCUCAGACACAAACAUCGUCACAGACAGCGUGAUCGUGACGGAACGGAAGAAGAGGAGGGGAGAGUUGCAGGGUCACAGCUAAGGUCAGAGUUCACCACAGGGUCAGGAGAAAGUAGAAAGACUGGAGGACAAGGGAGUGCUGGGUUGAUGGAGUCUCCAUGGCAACAUAGGCACGGCAAAUACCCCUCAUCUUUCUUCUCUGCUUCUGCUAAACCAGCCUCUUCAUCAUCAUCAUCAUCAGAGAGGCUCAAACACACACCCCUCACAUGUCUAGGCUCCUCUCACCUGUCCUCGUUUGGGGAGGGCUGGGGGGGUCGGCAGAACCCCUGGCUGAGGAGAGGGGGGCUGGGGGCAGGAUUCAGACCCCCCGAUCCCACCUGGGGCACUCUGACAGAAGGGCAGAGAACGGCCGCUGUGGGGGGGUCAGAGAAAGAGGCGGGGGAGAGACACACACCCUGUCACAGCACCUUCACCCCCCCGACACACACCAACCUCUUCACCUCCUCUGUCACCAGUGGGAGGGGCAUGAGGAGCGGAAGAGACAAUUGGAGACCAGGGAGUCAAGACGGGUCACUGAGGAGUGAGGAGCCAUCACAGACAGAGAGGAGAGGCACAGACCCACACUAUGACCUGAGCAGGAGGCAACUGAAGUGGCUGAGAACCGGUCAAAGUUUUGGGGCUAAGAGAGGGCCUGGACGACCCAGGAAGAACCCUCUAGCCUCCCCUUUGGUCUCCCCCUUCCUCUCUCCUACAAGCCAACCAAACCCUCCAACUGAGACAGACGUCCAGAACAGAGACAGAAACAGAGGAGGAGGAGAUUCAGUACAAGAGGUGAUUGAAGCUGUGAUUCAGAGCCAGAGGAGGAGAAGACGGAAGAGGAGGCGCAUUGAGAAAGAGGAGGUUGAGCGUCCAUCCUGUCUCCAAAGUUCUGGUGAAGGUGAGCCAGUCACCCACACCCCCUCCAUAUGCACAGGCCAAUCAGAGCUAACCCAAACUCCAUCCCUAACCCCGGCCAGCCAAUCAGAUAAGGGAGCUGACCAGCUGCCGAGGAAGAGGUUUCAGAGGGCGGGGCUCUACUCAGAUGACUACAAAACUACAGAUCCCUCCUCUCAGAACCAGCUGAACAGAGAGAGACUGGAAUAUACACCAGGAGAACAAGACUACAGCCUCCUGCCUGCUCCCAUACAUGUUGGGAAGUACCUAAGAAUGAGACGUAUUGACUUUCAGUUGCCUUUUGACGUCAUGUGGCUCUUCAGGCACAACCAGCUCCACAAAGAGCCAGAUGUUCAUCUGACCAGAGAGAUCUCAUCCUACCAACCAAAAGAGAAGAGCCUGUCCAGUCACCAGACAGGGGUGUCCCUCCCUCCCUCUCCCCAUGAGGAGUGUUCCAGUCCCAGUAAGAAGCUGUUUCCCUACCUGGACAUGGAGCCUAUGACCACCAGUGACAGGGUGUUUGUCCUGAAGCACCGCGUGUUCCUUUUGAGGAACUGGGAGAGGGUCAGAGACAGACAGAUACGCCUGAGGAGGGGGAGAGAGGGGGAACGAGAGAAAGAUGGAGGAGGAGUUUCCAGCUAUGUAGCUACUGGGGACAACAACAGCCACAUCAUGUCAGGUCGACAAAUGGCGGUGAAGAAGAAGGUUGUGUGGACUAGUGAGCCCCUUCGUGAUCCCCAGUGCCCCCAUAACCCCCUCAGCACCACGCUCCAUCUCACUCAGAACAGACAAGAGGAGAAAAAACAGGUGGAGGAGGAAGAGGAGGGCUGGAGGGAGGUCCGGAAGGAGCGACUGAACAACAUACUCCUGAAGCUGCGGCAGACAUGAUUGGUGAGAGAGGACAAGGAAGGAAGGAGGGGGGAAAUCUCAGCUCAAUCUCCCUUCUUCUUCCAAGUAGCUCAGUUCAGCUAACUUUGCACUAGUGUUGGGGGGAAAAAGCUUCCCUGAAAUGAUUUGUUAUAAAGAUGAUUUUGGCCUUUGUUUCUGAGAGGAAUGAGGGUGUUGUUGUUUACUGUACCAUUGAGAAUGAUUGACAGAUGGUCAGCAGACCAGUGACAGUCUGAUUUAAUAGUCAGAGAGGGUGGAAGGGAUGGAUGGAGACCAUAGAGUCUUAGGGCUGGAUUCAAUUCGUAUUGCGGAAGAUCCGCAUUAUAGCUCGAUUUAAAUGUAAAGGAAAUGUUCCCAUGUUCUCGCAGACUACAUUCACAGUAAACGCUGCAUGUCGGCUCAAUCUGAAAUUACCAUGACAAUAUCAUUUUUUACAAUUUUACCCCCUUUUUUGUGAUAUCCAAUUACGAUCUUGUCUCAUCGCUGCAACUACCCAAUGGGCUCGGACAGGCGAAGGUCGAGUCAUGCGUCCUCCAAAGCGUGACCCAAGCCGCGCUUCUUAACACCUGCUUGCUUAACCGGAAUGUGUCGGAGGAAACACCGGCCAACUGAGACUGUCAGCUUGCAGGUGCCUGGCCUGCCACAAGGAGUCGCUAGAGCGCGAUGAGCCAAGUAAAGCCCCCUUCGGGCCAAACCUUCCACUAACCCGGACAACCCUGGGCCAAUUGUGCGCCGCCCUAUGGGACUCCCAGUCACAGCCGGUUGUGACACAGCCUGGGAUCGAACCCCAGGCUGUAGUGACACCGCAACACUGCGAUGCAGUGCCAUAGACCGCUGCCAUAUACCGCUGCACCACUUGGGAGGCCUACCUCUACAUUUUUAUGCAGAUCUUCUGCAAUACUUUCGCGAUACACAGCCCUUAGGGUUUGAUUCAAUCCCUGUCGCUGAAGUUCGGCACUAUAGCAUGAUUGUAAAGGUAAUUUCCAAUUGAGCCGAUAUAUGCAGUUUUUACCGUGAAUGCAGUCUCCGCUAUAAUGCGGGACAUUUCCUUUAAUGUUCUCUUCAGCUCUACGUAUUGAAUCAAGCCUUUAAUGUAAAAGUGCCAUGUUGUAAAUAAACUGACGCCUAAGUGAGUUCAAUCUCCAAAAGCAAUACGUCCUGUAAGGAUUUCAGUACAGUAACUUUAAUAUCAGUACCAGUACCAGCUAGAGACCCUUCUAUGUAUCAAACCAAGUAGUUUUUAUUGCCUUAGUGAAUAUGAUCAUUUCAAGAUCGUUAUAUUGUACCAAUGAUAAUGCAGUAACAUUGACCUAAGUAAUGUAUUGAAUCAAUUUCAUAAUUGAUAGUUAUUAUCUAAGCGUUAAAGUUAAUAGUCAAAGGCCUUCAUUUUGCUACAAAGUGUUAAACAUAACUGACCUAUGUUAAAUAUUGCUAUGAUUGUAUAUGACUUUCUUUUCUUCACCUCUAUACUUUUUCUGACUGAUGGAAUGUUCUUCUUUUUAUUUUGGUCAAUCAGGAAAAUGAAUUGAAUCUGAGAUUUGUAACCGUUCAUUUGUACAGUUCUCUUUGGUGCAGUUUCUAGUUUGACUUUGAACACUAAGUUGAAUGUUUUAUAGUUGACCUGUGUAUUUGCUUCACUCACUAUUGCCAAUGGGUGAUUAGGAAUAUUAUAGCAUUCAUCAAUAUAGUGAAGGGUUAUUUAUGUAGUUUGCAUGAAAUGUAACUUUGGGCUGGAUUCAAUCCGUAUCGCUGAAGAUCGCAUUAAAGUGUAAAGGUAACUUCCGAUUAGGCCGACAUAGGCAGUGUUUAUCGUGAAUGCAGUCUCCACGAACGUGGAAACAUUGCCUUUAAAUUUAAAUGGAGCUAUAACGCAGAUCUCCCGUGAUACUUCUGCGAUGCGGUGAGAAUCCAGCCCUUUGUUGUACAAUUUAAAUUGCUGCUUAUAACCUGUCUUUGGAGAAAAUACCACAGAGUUCAUCUGACAGAAUGUCAUUUCAAACAUUGACCUUAUUAUCAAUAACAAUAAAAUGGCGUUUUUGUUUACAGAG